UGACUGCUGAUUUGCGCGUGCGUCGGCCGUUCUCAAUAACACCCUACUUUCGUCGCUAGUGUUUUGCCUCGAGCUCACCGUCAACUUUUUCUUUGUCUCUAACAUCUGUCUCCCGCUUCACGCCCGUCCUGCCACCGCCGACCUGUUCCGGCGUCUCUUUCCCCUGCUCUCCGCCGGACACUGCAGCGAAAGACCUCGCGGCGGUCGAUUCCGGCGCCGCCUCAAUCCCAAGAUAACCGUGCAAUCUGAUCACCACAAAAUACUCCGCUAUUCCCACGACCAUAAACAAACAGAAAAGGGCCGGAGCUCUUGUCCAGGCAGCCUUGGUCAUGUUCAACUGCUCGUGCCUAGGCUAUACCGCGAACGUACCGUGUCGUCACUUGCUCGGCUUCCUUAGUACGCAUGCGCACCUGUCAUGCUGAAUCAGCACCCUGCAAAAACUCGCCCCUAGCUAGCUCUAUCCAAGGAUGACACAGGGAGCCGGGGUGUUGCUGUCACUCCUAGCGUUGUUCGUAGUUGAGACCAAUCAGUUUGGCGGAGUACCCAGCACUCAGUUCGGCACUUUUGACUUCCUGGAGCUAGAGAGCGCGUCCUACCAGGUCGAGAUAGCCACUGCCCCGGUCUCCGAACUACAACUCCAGGCAGAAGAGGAUGAGAGUCUGCAGAUGCCAGUGCUGUCAAAGCAUGGCCAGCUCUACAGCUGCACUCUCCCUCCUCCACCACCUCUGAGCCAGACAGAGGAGGAGGAGGAGGAGCCGUCACUCGAGUCCCUCCCCAAUGUAACUGCUCUCCUGGAGCACCUCGGACAGAACAGCUGUCUCGUCAAGACUGUCGGAUGGUGGACUUACGAAUAUUGCCACAACAUGUUUGUUCGCCAGUAUCAUAUGGAAGCGGGGAAGCUAAUUGGUGAAACCAAGUACCUUGGCUUCUACGAGAAAGAGACACAAUGGGAUCAGGAGCACGUCAAUAGAGUGAAGGUACGUAAUACGAUAUCUGGCCAUUGGCUGUUCCUAACACUACUUUGCUUUGAUUAGGGAUUUUACAGAAUAUGCUCAUAAGUAAUUAUUAUACGACCAAGGGGUUUGGUGCAGCACGGAGCUAUAGUUACACUCUGCCGCUCUAUUGCAACAGCCCACCGCUGUAUGUGCAGUUGGCAUACGCUUGAAUAAUUAUAUUCGUAAGUACUAUAACUGAACCACUGCAAGCUGGUGCCAGCUGUGAGGAAGUAUAAUAGCAAGGAAGCAAGAAGGAAGUAGCUUUGUUUAGUUAGUUAGCUUUAAUGUAUUGUGUUUUACAUUUGCCUCAAAUUCACCCAGAUUCAAUCUCUGAGAGUCUUCCUGGAGGAGCAUGCCCCCUGACCCCCCUAGUUGACGGAUAGCACCACUCCGUGAUUUUUUUAUAGCUAGAACACCCUACGAUGGUUCAUAGGAAACUAGGAGGCCGAGGUCCCGGGGCUGUGGUGUUCCUAAAAUGCGUGGCUUCUGAGACUCACUGUCUAUCUUUUUAGAGUGCGGCACACACCAAAACGCUUUUAAACAAAACAAUGUGCAUAGGCCCUGGGGGGUGAAUAGGGUUCCUCAUUAAGUGACUAGCUUCUCCUAGUUGACCAGUCAGAUUUGAGUAUUAUUUUUUAAACUGCCCUACCCCAAUAAUACUAUGGUGUAUUAUGCAUGUGUCUUUGUACACAGGAGCUGCUGGGGUUAUUAAAAGGGAGCAGUGUUCUGGGCCAGACCCACGCCUAUCACACAGUCCACUUUGUCAAUGGGACGGAGUGUGACAUCACCGGUCAACCACGCUCUGCCAAAGUUGAGAUAUUCUGCACGGUGGAGGGAGUGGACACUCUGGUGGAGGUAAAGGAAGACACGACCUGCGACUACACCCUCAGAGUCCAGACUCCUCUCCUGUGCCAGCACCCCAUGCUCCUCCCUCUCUCUAGCUCCACACCCAGACACACCCUUUCCUGCACGCCCGUCGUGUCUCAGCUGGACUACGAAGACUUCCUCCUCAAACAAGAGUUGAUACGACAGCAGAAAGAGAAACUGAAAGUGCUGAGCAAGGACACCUCUGGUGCCGGCAGAAGAGAAAAGGAAUCUCUGUUGAGCAAUGACCAUCUCCUCCUCAGACAACUAGUGAUGUCAUCCAUUACGCAACUGGCCGAGAUUGCCUAUGACACUGGGAGCUUCGGGCUGGGGGGUAGAGAGGGAGAGAGGGAACUGGAUGAAAUUGACGAUGACGAUAAGGAAGUCGCUGGGACUAGCUUGCAGAGCAGCAGUAUUACUGAGAGGUGGUCUAGUCUCGCGGGUAGAAGUAGGUCCAAAGGACAGAGUUCAGAGGACAGAGUACAAGGGGAUGAACAGGAGGGGACUAAAGAUGGAGGCGGGAGAGUGUCGGAGAAAAUGAAGAGGAUGGCGGAAGAUGUGAAAAGCACAGGGAAAGACAGUGCUGCGUUGGAGUCCCUGUUGAGCAACCUGGCUGUGACUGCUCAGUAUAUAGAGUCCUUGGAUGGUAAUAACAGAAAAAGGGGCCCAUCUAAUACAGACAAUGACGAGGCAGCACCUGAUGAAACUGGAGAGCCAGGGGAUGUCCCUAACGGGGAAGAACCGUCGCGUGUUAGCUCUAAACUAACCAAUAAAGACGACGCAUCAGCAAAGGGUCCUCCGCCUCUAGAGAGUAAUAUAAGGGAAACGCGAACAGUAAGCGAGGCUGGCUCUACUAGCGAUGAUGGUAGAACUGUUGGAAGGAGUAUCAGCAGUGAGAUUUUGGCAGCCAGCGAGGAAGAAAAAGAUGAGGAGGAGCUUGAGCUAGACCCAGAGGCAGUGAGAGAGGUGGAGCAACAGCUACAGGAGGCUUUGGCCAAGCAGUUUGACACCAAUGAUGUGACAGUGAAGAUCAUCACAUUGCCAGAGGACCAGGUCCAGGAGGAGAUGGAGACCGAGGGAGGGGUGGAGGGUGGCACGGGCAGAGAAGACCAUCUGGCAGAUGCAAUGUCCUUACUUCUAGAUUCGUUACUGGUAAAAACAGUGUAUAUCUUGACAGGGAUCUUUAUUUUUCAUGAUUGAACAUCAACAUAUCUCUAUUAUUUGCUGGUGUGUGUGUGUGUCACAGAAUGGAUCGGAUGAGCCGGUGUCAGAGGACAAGGAGAGACAGUCAGAGCUGGCUGCCGGCUACGAUCAGGUGUGGGGAAGACAGCCAAGAAAGCGACGGACAUUGAAGGAUACUUUAUAACCUUUGGUUUCCCGCAGUUUUUAUCACCAUGCAGUGUCACUCAGUAAAGAUUAAGCAGUGUACCAUAGCUUUUUAAUUUUCAAUUUAAGUGCACAAACCCUCAACACGCUAGUCUAAUGGUUCUUUGACG